CAUUUCGAAGAUUUUCUUUUUCGAAAAUUCUAUAGAGAGAGAAAAUUAUCUGAAAAGUUCGUACCUUAAAUGUGUGUGUGUUUGUGAAGAGCGUACCGACAGUGAAACUUUCUUCCUUUUUCUCUCGUUCUUCUCGAGACGACAGAAAAUUUUCAUUUUCGACAGUUUAGUGGAGAAAUUCUUAUGCACUUGUCGUGUACCCGCAUAGCUGUGUCCCGUUAAGUCAUAAGACGGUUAAAGUUUAAAGGGAAAGAAUUUUUUUCUGUGCAGUGAAUGAAUGAAAUGAUUCAAUAAUUAAGCACUUAUAAACUCAAGUGAUCUUCCGUGUCUCUUAAAACAAGAAUUGUAAUAAAAAAGAUAUGCAAAAGAGACUUUAAAGCUUUCAACUUUGAGUGAUAUGAAGUGAAGUAGAAAUAAAGAGCAGAAAGAAAAACAGAAAAAGAAACUUUAAUCGAAGUGAAAUAUCAGAGAAAAAAGUUCAGAAAAAAAAUAUAAUUAUAGAAACAAAUUACGGUCUUUAAUGAGAAAAUUAAUAAGGAAAGCAUAAUUUUUCAUUAAUUAAGAAUAUAAAAGCGAGAAGUAAGAUAAGGAUAAUUGUGUAGAAAAUUUUUCCGAUGAAAUUGCUCUAGAGUUAAAAAUAAAAUCAAUCAAUUCAGCUGUUAUUGUAGCAAUUAUUUAUGUGUUAGAGUCUUCAACUUCUUAACUUCAUUUACAUUGAUUAAAGAUAACCACAAGGCACUCAACAUAGACAGUGAAGCAUUGCGACGAACUUGUUUUGAGUGUUGUGCGAAGAUUUAAAAGAUUUCUUCGGCAUCAUUGAUAUGAAGCUUAAAGUUAUUUCCUAUCAUUAUUGUUGACAAUUAAUUUCUCCACAUCAUGGAGAUUCUCAAAAAAGGUACUGCACUGAGAGCCUUUUUUAAACGUCCACAGAAACAUGGUGGACACCUAAUAUUAUGUUACAUAGGUUUAUAUACAAUUUUACAAUCACAACUGGUAUGUGCGAGGCACCAUGAUAUAGGGAAACUCAUAGGCAGUAAUAACAAUAAUAAUGACAACAAUAACUUCAACGAUAACGAAUUAAAUAGUUUGCAACUUGAUCAACAACAUCAACCGCAUCAGUCGCAAAACAUUAAUGCUCAAAAUAUUCACGAACAACAGCAACCAAUCAUACUUAAAGAACAACCAAUUUUAGGUCAGAAAAUAACUCAACAAUCCCCGUCCGAUGUUGACGUUCCUAAUGGAGCAGUGUUGGCGAAAGACGAUGGUCACGGUGACGCAGUGCGUGUAGUAGAUCCCGAAUUAGGAAAAUUGGAGAGGGAGAAUUUAGGGCAUGAAUUGCCACCACAUGGUAUAAGCUUAAAUACUCCGAUUUUAGGCACAACAUCGACAUCUACAAGACGCCAUACCCGACGUGAAUCUAAUCCCGAUGCAGAAGAAAAUGAUCCCUUGAUAGUGACGACAGACAAAGGCAAAGUGCGAGGCUUAACCUUGAACUCUCCGUCUGGACGAAAAGUUGAUGUAUGGUUGGGCAUUCCUUAUGCACAACCACCAGUCGGUCCACUACGAUUCCGACAUCCUCGGCCAAUCGAGAAGUGGCAAGGCAUAUACAAUGCCACAAAACCACCAAAUUCAUGUGUUCAAAUUGUUGAUACGGUGUUUGGCGAUUUUCCUGGUGCCACAAUGUGGAAUCCAAACACUGAACUCUCUGAAGAUUGUCUUUAUGUGAACGUAGUCGUUCCUCGUCCUCGUCCCAAAAAUGCAGUCGUCAUGCUUUGGAUUUUCGGGGGAGGCUUCUAUUCAGGCACUUCAACGCUUGAUGUUUACGAUCAUCGAACAUUGGCAGCAGAAGAGAACGUCAUAAUCGUAUCAAUGCAAUAUCGAGUGGCAAGUUUAGGUUUCAUGUAUCUGGGAACACCUGAUGCUCCAGGAAAUUCCGGAUUAUUUGAUCAAAAUCUUGCAUUACGUUGGGUUCGUGAUAACAUACAUCGUUUUGGUGGUGAUCCUAAUAAGAUUUGUUUAUUCGGAGAAAGUGCAGGUGCUGUUUCAGUGUCAAUGCAUCUUCUGUCACCACUUUCAAGAGAUCUUUUCCAAAGGGCGAUCUUGGAAAGUGGUUCACCAACAGCCCCAUGGGGUCUUAUAACUCGUGACGAAGCAACUUUACGUGCACUUCGUCUUGCUGAAGCUGUUGGUUGUCCACAUGAUCGAAAGAAACUUUCAGAAACUGCCGAUUGUCUUCGUGAAAAAGAUGCAAAAGUUCUGGUUGAUAAUGAAUGGGGAACAUUGGGAAUUUGUGAAUUUCCAUUUGUGCCAGUUGUUGAUGGCGCUUUCUUAGAUGAAACGCCUCAAAGGUCACUGGCAUCAGGACGUUUUAAAAAGACGGAUAUCUUAACAGGAAGUAACAGUGAAGAAGGUUACUAUUUCAUUAUUUACUAUCUAACUGAAUUACUGAGAAAGGAAGAAGGAAUUACUGUGUCACGCGAAGAGUUUCUUCAAGCGGUUCGUGAACUCAAUCCCUACGUUAAUGGUGCUGCUCGACAGGCAAUCAUUUUCGAAUAUACUGACUGGAAUGAACCAGACAAUCCUCAUAGUAAUCGCGAUGCUCUCGAUAAGAUGGUCGGUGACUAUCACUUCACAUGCAAUGUUAAUGAAUUUGCUCAACGAUAUGCCGAAGAAGGCAAUAAUGUGUACAUGUAUUUGUACACUCAUCGUAGCAAAAGCAAUCCAUGGCCUCGAUGGACGGGUGUCAUGCACGGUGAUGAAAUAAACUAUGUGUUUGGGGAGCCAUUGAACCCACGACUUGAAUAUCUUGAAGGAGAAAAACAGUUUAGUCGACGUAUUAUGCGUUACUGGGCGAACUUUGCCCGAAACGGAAAUCCAAAUCCUGGAUUGAUUGACGAAUUGCCUGAAUGGCCUCUUCACACUGCACAAGGCAGACAAUAUUUAGAAUUAGGCAUGAACACAUCCUUCAUUGGACGUGGUCCACGCUUGCGACAAUGUGCAUUCUGGAAGAAAUAUUUGCCACAGCUUAUGGCAGCAACUUCUAAUCUUCAACCUGCUACUGAGCAUCCUUCGCCACCCUGUACAAGUAGUGUAGCUUUUUAUGGACCACAAUUACUAGUCAUCAUCACAAUGAAGCUGUUCAUUAAAAUAAUGGGCUAAAAUGUAACUAGAAAAUUAUUUGUUCGAAUUAAAGCUUAAACUUAAAAAGCUAUUUAUAAAUUAGGCUUAAUUUUUAAGAAGAAAAGAAAGAAAAAAAACUAAUAAAUAAUUAAACAAAAAUAUAUAUUUAUUGAUCGGUGAAGCCAAUAUUUUUUAAGCAAAAGUCAAAUCAGAUUAAAAGAAAACAAAUUUCAUUUUAAUUAAUUUUCAUCAAUAAAUGGAAAAAUAUUUCAAAAUAAAUUGGUAAUGACGAAUGAUAGGCAUCGAAAAUAAAUAUUGUAAGUUGAUGUAAGAUGACAAAAAAAUGAAAAAUUGUGACGAGCAGAGUAGAUAAGAAUUUGCUCAUUUCUUUGCAUAUUUCAAGCUUAAUAUCUCAAUGACAAUAUUAAUGAUUGGCUGCGAAUGUAGCAAUUUCUAUAUUUUUUCAAUUUGAGUCUUAAAAGUGGAAUUCUUACAAUGAAUCAAAUUAUCUUCCUUUUCAUUUCGCCUGAUUGAGUUUGCUUGUCUUUUGAGUUAAGGAACAAUAAAAAUAUUGGUAUAAAUAAUUCGUAGGAUAAAUUUGCUACUUUAAUUAAUUAUCCAUGCCUCUACAGUUUUAUAAUAAAUAACAUACCACAAUGUAGUACAAAAGAUACGAUUUUAGUUUUUUUAGAUUUGAAUAUCCAUUUUUUUCUUCUUUAAACACCAAUAAAACUAGUAAAGUUCUUUGAUCUAUCUAUAAUUAAAGUUCAAAAACAUAUCAUCUAAUAGACAAACUUUCUAUGCAGAGCUUUACUUUAAUCUAUCGAAUACACCCACUUACAGCAAAGAUGAAAGCUCAAGUCUAUUGGACCCUUUUAGGAAGCUUGAAAUAAGAAUAUUUAAGAAAUGAUAUUUAAUUGACGGAGUUCAGGAUUUCACUAAAGAAUUAAAUAUUAAAAAAAAAUCUUGAAAGGAAGAAGAAAAAAUAUUCUAAAAUUACCAAAAAAAAAAAUGAAUUGAAAUGGUUAAUGCAUGUAAAUAUCGAGACAACAGAAGAUAGAAUUCAAAUAUUACGUUUUACAGAUACAUAUCUGCGAACAAUUCGUAAUAUUUGAGGAUAUCGCGAAGAUUGAGAUUUUCGAAGGAAAUGAAACGAUUUUAAUGGGAAACUAUCGCGUGGUGUUCAGGAUUGAUGAGGUGAGAGUGAAUUAUUUAUAGAAUCUUUGCUGCCUUAAACAUUAAAAUGAAUGAAUAAUGAAAUAAUUAAAAAUUGACUAUUACUCAUAGCUUUUAAUAUUUAAGAAAGAAAAAAAAAUAAUUAAACAAUAAACGAAAGUAAAAUGAUCUUUUAAUUCUCUAUAAUCAACGAUUUUUCAGAAACCAAAUGUCAGUUAAAUAUAAUUUAUUUUGGAAACUCUUUAACUUUAGUACUUAUUGCAAAGUUCUUAGUUAAAUAUUACAAAUUCAGUACUUUCAACUCACAUAAAAUAUUUAAUUCAAUUUGAUGAAAAGAAAGAUUCACAUUAGAAGUCAAUGAGAUAAAUUGAGCAUAAAGGAAAAGCUUUUUUAUGAAAACCCAAAGUUGCGAAUAAAAUUUAAUAAGAAACUUAUGACUUUUGAUAAAUUUUCCUUUGCAUUGACGUUAGAUCGAUAAGUAAAAGUCUGCGUACAAAAUAGAUGACUUAUAGUGUUUGUCGCAAUUUCCUAAGUGAAAUAUUUCUCUCUGCUGAAUAAAGAUGGGAUAAAGAUGAAUUAGUGGCAAAAUUUGUAGUGAUGUUUAAUGUUAUAAGAACGCUUUUUAAUUCUUUUUCUCGUGAAAACAAGUAAAUUAUUGGGUUCCCAUGCAAUAAGGAAGAGCUUUCUGUGUGGAAAUUUCGAAAAGAUAUCAAAAUUAAAAUUUCCAUACAGAAAGUUACCAAAAUUAAAUUAAAUACUUUCAUUGCCAAAGUCGAUGGUGUUAUGUAAAUUAUUUUAUAUUUAAGAAUCUAAAACCAUAAAGAAAAUUAUAUUUAUAAAUUCGUUAUUAGACAAUUAGAGAAAAUAAAUAUGAAAUUCACGCUACAUAUCUUCAAUUGGUGCAGACAGAAAACUACUAUAAAACAAAAAGAAAAUAAGAAGAAAUAAUUAUGCAUAAGUAUCUGUUCAUUAAACUUAUUAAGAAGAAUGUAUAUUUGAGCACAUUUCUAGUCCAUGACAAUUAUAAAAAGUAUUAAAAGAGAAGAAAAAACUUUAUGAUUUCGGCCUAAGUGUGUCAUGCUUGUGUUUUAGGAAAGAAAGAAGAAUUAAAAAUAUAAAAAGAGAAAACAUAGAAAAAAAAUUCUUUACCUUAUGCGUUGUUGAAUAAAAGUUUUGCCAAAGAAAAACCAGAAAAGAAUUAGAACUAUACUUAAGCACCAUGAUGAAUAGAUGAACUUUAUGCAAUCUUUGCAAUUCGAUUUCAUUUCAUUUCAAUAAAAGAAGAAAAUAAACACACGAGAAAGAAUUUACCUAAUUCAAUCAAAGUAAGAUAAAUACUUAGAAAUUGAGUGACAUACAUGAAUGUUCAUUGCAAUGUAAAGUUGUGAAUGUUGCAUUCACAAAUAAACUUUUAUUGCAACCAUCAUACGAAAAACAAAGUGAAAUGCAUAUCAAUCCUAAAUUUUAUGACGCAAAUUCAAACACUUAUCUACAUAAAAAUAGAGAUAUAAAGUAAAUGACAAACCUUUUAUAUACUUCAGUAAAGCAAUUGCAGAUAAAUAAGAAAUGAAAGAAAUAUUACCAUGAAACAUUUAGAGAGCCAUAUAGAAACUUAAUAAUCUUUUAAUGUAAAAAGAAUAUAUUAACGCUUCUAAGAUUCUUCUUAGUUAUUUUCAUGGAAUAGAAAGACAAGGAAAGUAAGUCUAACUCUGCAUGAAAUUUAUUAUAAACUAUCGUAUGGUAAUUGCGACUAAUAAAAGCAUUUAUAAAUACAAACUGAACUGCACGUCAAUAAACCUAUAAAAAUAUUUAAUUAAAACUUUUUCAAGUCCGUUGUGAAUAUUUACAUAUUUAGAGAAAUGUGUUAAGUUUAUUGAUUUAAAUAGCUACUCAUUUUAUCAACGUUCCAUAAUUAUUGUUGAUACGAGUCAGAUUUUAUAACUAUUUUAUUUAUUUAUUUAUAACAAUUUCAAAAAAUAUCAAACUCCGAUUUUUCUUUGAGGUUUCUUCAGAAACCGCCUAAGCAUAAAGUUAAAUAAUUUGAUCAUGAUAAAUCUUUCGAUCUGGUCAAAUAACUAAUAUAUUUCUCGAUUCUUAUUUAUUUCUGUUAUCAACUAUUUAACACGUAAACGACAUUAAGUGAACAUCAACAAAGUAAAAUUGUUAAUUUAUGAACAAAGAAUUAAAAAUCGUCAAAACAAUUGUGAGUAAAAAAACGCUAAUGGAUAUCUAAUUAAAAAACAACUAAUGAAUAAAAUUUAAAGUUAGCUAUCAGAAAAAAUGCGUAAGGACAAAACCCAAAUAAAAGUUAUGAGAAUUCCUUCAAAUAAAUUAAAUUUAAAUAUUGAGAAGAUGAAGAAAAUUGAAUUAUUUAAAAAUGCUUUGUUAAAUGUAAUGAAAGAAAAUAAAGUAAAUACAAUUUAAAAUCCAAUA